AUGCUGCCAUCGACUUUUAUUCCAACAUGUGCCAAGUGCUCAACCGCGGCACCGGGACUCGUCUCUAUCAGAGGCGACGCCACCUCCAACGUCUGCCGGUCGUGCCACGCCAAGUUCACCUUCAAGAUCCCCGACGUGCGCUUCCAAACGUACACGCCGGGCCUCCUCUCGGCGCCGGCGGCCGGGGUCGUCCGGGCCAGGGCCGAGAAGCUCGGGUUGCACGCGGGCGACCCGCUGCCGUCCCGGGGCGCGUGUGCGCACUACAGGAAAAGCUACCGGUGGUUUCGCUUCAGCUGCUGCAGCCGCGUGCACGCGUGCGAUCGAUGCCACGACGAGGCGGAAGAUCACGUCAACGAGUGGGCGAGCCGCAUGGUGUGUGGGUGGUGCAGCCGAGAGCAGCGUUACGCCGUCGACGCGUGCGGAUUCUGCGGACGCAGCGUCAUCGGGCGUAAAGGUCACGGGUUCUGGGAGGGAGGCAAGGGCACGAGAGACCGGGCGCUCAUGUCGCGGAAGGACAAGAGGAACUUCAUCAAGGACGUCGCGGCACUGCCUAGACAGGCUGAGCUCGCGACACUGACAGGACACGGUGAUGGCCCGCGUGUGAUAUUCUCUCAGAACAUAGCCCAGUCACGACAAGCCAGUGACGGCCUCGAGGAGCAGCCCUUCGCCGGACAUACCAAACCGCAACACCCCCACGCCUCGCAACCGCCUGCGACACAGAUCCCAAGAUAA